AUGGCGCGUUUGCGAAUAACCUCAACAUCAGCGUGCGCGUUACGUUCCCCGAAGCUUCCUCUCGUCCGCGACCCAUGCGAGGAGGAGGGGAAGGAGGAAGGGGGCGAGAACCGACACGUAGGGCAAGGGGCUGGGUUGGUAGCAGGAUUGUCAACAGAAGCACAAGGCGCAGCUGCUGUGAAAUACCCCUCAGUGGAGACUGUUCGCCCCUGUGAGGGAGUGGCUGAGGGCGACAUUGUUCUCCGCAAGCUGCUCUCCCCGACGCCCCUCAAGCUCACUCCCAAGACGCUCCCCGCCAACCUCGUCCUUUCGUUCGCGCUCGGCCUUUCCGCUGCCAACCUAUCAGCGCUCGCCACGUCAUUCAGAAAAUUCGUGCUAGAAGGAAGCAGCGGCAGCAGCGUUAGUGGUGGCGGUGGAGGAGGGGAUGGGAGUGAGAGUGGGGGUGAGAGUGGGAGUGAGGGGGGGCAUGGUGGUUCCCUGCUGGUGUUUUUUGUUCAGGAGUGGCCGCAGGGGUGGAAGCACCAACCAGGGAUUGCACUCCAAACGUUCUGCUCACCAGAAGAAGGCAAGUGGGCAGCAGCGCAUGCCACCAACCUGCGCUAUCGUGCCUUCCACCUCUUCUUGCGCUCGCUGGACUUUGACGGCACUGUCAUCCUCGCUGACCCUACAGAUGUUCUCUUUCUCGCCAAUCCUUUUCCUACACUCAAUGACAUGUCUUUUCAUCUCUACACAGGAUCGACCACCUACCCAACACAUGGCAUUCGUUUCCUGCCUCCAGAGCACAAGCGCCUUGCGACAUGUUACGGGAUCCGCCUGGCAUUCUCGCUUGCAAACUCACGAAUUAUCACAUCCGGCUUUGUGGCGGGAACUAUGAGCCAGGUGCCAGAGUUUUUGAUACAGGUCAUAGAAGACUUUGAGAGGCUACCGGAGGAAUGCAUAGUAUUGGAGGGAAGCGAUGAAGCUGUUGUGAACCAUCUUGUCCGAUCAGGGCGCUUGAAAGAAGGUAUAGAUUUCUUGAAGAUCGAGGAUGCACAGCAGGGAAAUGUGUUGCAUCGGUUUAGUGCAGAAGACUCGUUUGAAGUGAAAGAAGGUGGACGGGUUGUGAAUGCAAUGGGGAGGACCGUCGUGGCAAUCCAUGGGUAUGACAAUUUCAUUGACUCCCAAUUGCUUGUAAAGGAUGUGAUCGGGUUGGCAAGCCUACAAUCAUGA